AACAGUAGCUCCCCAGUUUUGCACAAAACCUGUGGGUUCUCUCUCUCUCUCUCUUUCCAACUCUGUCCCUUCUCUCUCUCUCACCCAAAUACCAUGGGCAGUUUUUCUCUCACCACUCACAAAACCAGUUGCUUCAGAAAAUAUCAUAUACACAAUCAAUAUUAUACCCUUUUUUUCUCUUUACCCUUUUUUCUCUAUUAUAUACCUUUCUCUAAUGUCUCCCCUUAACACCAACAAAACAAACAACAUCAUUUUCUAUGUAAUGUAAUCCCAAUUUCUGUACUUUCUUUCACCAAACCAACCCAUUUUUCUUUCACCCUUUUGCCUCUAUUCCUUUUUUUCUUGAAUGAUGGAAGCUAAUGCCAUGUUUUCCACCAUCACUCCUUCUGGUUUGUUAGGAGUAGUUGAUAAUAUCCCUUUACACCAACAACAACAACAACAAAAACAACAGAAUCUUCCUAAUCAACAACAACAAAAUCCUCAUCAAUUGCACCAUUCCCAAGUUGUUUCCUAUGCUCCCCAACAUCAUGACACUGACACAAAUCAACAUCAUCAUCAUUCAAUGAAACAUGGGUUUCCUCCAUUUUCUUCAUCCAAGAACAAACAGCAACAACAAAGUUCUCAGAUGAGUGAUGAAGAUGAACCAAAUUUUCCAGCUGAAGAAAGCUCUGGUGGUGACCCAAAAAGGAAGAUUUCACCAUGGCAAAGAAUGAAAUGGACUGAUACAAUGGUAAGGCUAUUGAUAAUGGCUGUUUAUUACAUUGGUGAUGAAGCUGGUUCUGAAGGGACUGAUCCAAAUAAGAAAAAGUCUAGUGGUUUGUUACAGAAGAAGGGAAAGUGGAAAUCUGUUUCAAGGGCUAUGAUGGAAAAAGGGUUUUAUGUGUCACCUCAACAAUGUGAAGAUAAGUUUAAUGAUUUGAAUAAAAGGUAUAAGAGAGUGAAUGAUAUACUUGGUAAAGGAACAGCUUGUAGAGUUGUUGAGAAUCAAGGUUUGUUGGAUUCAAUGGAUUUGUCACCUAAGAUGAAAGAUGAAGUUAGGAAAUUGCUUAAUUCUAAACAUCUUUUCUUUAGGGAAAUGUGUGCUUAUCAUAAUAGUUGUGGCCAUGGUGGUGUUGCUACUUCUAAUGUUCAACAUCAAGUAGAGGGUGGAAGUGGAACAACAACACCACCUCAGAAUCAACCUCAACAACAGCAUCAACACCAGCACCAGCAGCAGAACCAACAACAUUGUUUUCAUUCAUCAGAGAAUGGUGUAGGGAGUUUAGGUGUUUCAAGAGGAGAAGGAUUGAGGAUGUUGAAAAUAGGAAGUGGAUAUGUUGAAGAAGAGGAUGAUGAAGAUGAAGAGGAUGAGUCAGAGGACUUUUCUGAUGAGGGUGAAGAUGAAUCAGGAGAAGGUUGUUCAAAGGGUCAUAUAAAUGAUCAAGAUGAAGAAGAGAAUGAUGGAAAACCAUCAAGAAAAAGAGCAAGAAAAGGAGGAUUUUCAUUUCCAAGGUCAUCAUCAUCAACACAAUUGGUGAAUCAAAUGAACAAUGAAAUAAGUGGUGUGUUUCAAGAUGGAGGUAAGAGUACUUGGGAGAAAAAGCAAUGGAUAAGAAACAGGAUAAUGCAGUUGGAGGAACAGAAAAUAGGAUAUGAAUCACAAGCAUUUCAGCUUGAAAAGCAAAGGUUGAAAUGGGCAAGGUAUAGUAGUAAGAAAGAGAGGGAAAUGGAGAGAGCUAAACUUGAGAAUGAAAGGAGAAGAUUAGAAAAUGAGAGAAUGGUUUUGCUUAUUAGGAAGAAAGAGCUUGAGUUGAUGCAUAUUCAGCAGCAGCAGCAGCAGCAACACUCUUCUACCUAGAUGAAUUUGUAUGAUAGAAUUUAGAUUAGAUCACAAUAGGUGAAAAUUUUGUGGUUGUUCUAUUUUUUUUGAGGUUAUUUAUUCUUCAACUUGUUUCUUAUUGAAUAUUUAUAUAAAAUUAAUAGUAUGUCUGCAAUGUGAAGCAACCAUUUAGAUA